GAACCUCACAGAACUUGAACCUUGUUUAUUUCGAUAAUUUUGACACUAAAUAAGUUCACGAAGCUCUCUAAGCAUUGUCAAUAUCCGAUGUCAGUUCAGAUUUUCGCCGCAAAUGGUAGAAAAAUACUUUAUUUCCUGUUAAUUCCAGUUUGACAAUAUAUAAUAUAUAGUUAAUAAUCAGGUACUCGUCGUGACACUGUUGAUUGUGGAAGAAAAGUGAAUUUUUAACUCGUUACAUUGGAUAUAUAUCUAGAAAUAAUAAGUUAUAUGUAUGUAAAUUAUACCUUGUUCAAGUGAAAAAUGCGGUAACCCCGGAGAAAAAGAAAGAUAAAACAUUGUAGUUGAGCUAUCGUUCUAUCCCAUUGAAGUGAUUGAUUGGAUGUCUCGACCAUUUGUCACAUGUGAAUGCUUCGUGUACAAAAGUUAAAUGCCAUCGAUCAGAGAUUGUACGUCAUCGCGAAGGUUAAAUCAUUUUAACAACAUAAUCGUGGCGGCGUAUAAUCAGGGUAGCUACUGUACCUCCGAAAUCUGUAAUGCACGCAAAUGUGCAUACAGACCGAGCCGGGGGUGGUGGUGGAUCUUGGAGACUACCUCCAGAUGAAACAUUGCAGGUGGCUGAUCCAAAGCAGAAAGAAGAACAAGAUCUUUUUGCUCCAGAAGGACACAACUGGAAAAGCAUAGUUUUUUCCUUAUUAGUUAUUGGAUUCGUUAUAUCUGGAAUCAUCACGGCUAUUUAUUUAUUGGGCUAUGUUGAUGAGCUGUUAUAUUGGUCUGGUAGACGGAUGAAACUUCACGAAUUUUUGCAGAAAGAUGUAAUACCGCAAAGACUUCCUUCAACGUGGAUAAAUAGCAAACAAUUUGUUUUUCAAUCCGAUGAUGGAGGACUUGCUGUACUGGACACUGCCACAAAUUUUGUGUCAACAUUGGUGACAAAUCAUACGUUGCGCCAGAUCAACGUCAAGGGUUAUCAAUGUUCCUACAACCUGCGAUAUGUACUUUUCAAGCACAAUGUGAAACAGGUUUAUCGUCUAUCAUUCACGUCGUUGUACACGGUGUACGAUGUUGAAAACGAUCAUCACAUGCCUAUACGAUUAAAAGAUUCACCUAAAAUACAAAGAACCCGAUUACAAUAUGUUUCAUGGAUUGGUAACACCACUGCGAUAGCAAUAGUAGCCGAUAAUGACAUUUACAUUAGACAAUCACCGUCAGAUGAAGAGGAUCAUAGAUUAACCUUUACUGGACAAGAAAAUACUAUUUAUAAUGGUGUACCUGAUUGGUUGUAUCAAGAGGAAAUUUUUACGACGCUCGAAGCUAUGUGGUUUUCGGAAGAUGGCACACAUAUGAUGUAUGCCUCGUUUAAUGACACACGUGUUGGUCAUAUGACAUUUCCGUGGUUCGCGUCUAACACCAUAUUAGCCGCUGGUCGAGGAGAUAGUAGAACGCCUUUUCCUAUUUCUAAGCAAAUACGAUAUCCUACUGCGGGUUCUAUCAUCCCGGAUGUAACAUUAUGGGUUGUGGAUAUAAGUAAUAUAAGUAACAUAAGAACAUCGGAGCUUGUAAGGCCGGCUGCAUUGGAAGGACAAGAUCAUUAUUUUUUGUCUGCAAGUUGGGUAGGUGCCCCGAAUAGCCAAAUUUCGACUGUUUGGAUAACCCGAUCACAGAACCUAUCCUUUGUAGCAACGUGUUAUAGUCCAUCAUGGAAAUGUUUAGAGCACCAUUCUGAAAGAGCACCCGAGAACGAAUGGUUGGAUAUAUUACCUCAUCCUAUUUUUGCUCCAGAUGGGGACAGCUUUCUCAUGAUGGCUGGCAUUCAGGAAACAGGCACUGAACAUUUCACGCAUAUAAAGCACGUAACAAUAACACAACAACGAAUAGCUGUGAUAUCACAUGGACGCUAUGAGGUGGUUAGAAUACUGGCAUGGGAUACCUAUAAUCAUUUGGUAUAUUACCUCGGUACUCAUGAAAAACGACCAGGACAACAACAUUUAUAUGUUGUGAAAGAUCCUGUUUAUGAUGAACUGAAAAGAUCAGAACCAAGUUGUAUUACUUGUGACCUCAGUGAAGUAUUGUGGAGCAGUCGGUAUUACUAUAGCAAUUGUACGCAUUUCGAUGCUUAUAUGAGUCCGCCUCCUCAUAUGGCGUCGAUUUCUGGUAUUACGCAUUACGUUCUAGAAUGCAAAGGCCCUGGACUUCCACUCGCUGUUGUUCAUUCGACAUUCAAUCAUAGACUAGUAAAAGUACUCUUCGACACUAGACCCGUAUAUACAUCAAAACUACAAGAACUUGCACUUCCAACGCAACGAUCAUUUGAAAUUCCCCUACCACAUGGUACUCGAGCAGCGGUUCAACUUUUACUACCUCCAAGCUGGCGAGAAGAGCUUCGGGAUGCGGCAUUUCCAGUUCUGGUUGAAGUAAACGGUCGACCUGGAUCUACAGCUGUAUCUGAAGAAUUCAAAAUCGACUGGGGUACGUAUAUGUCCAGUCACAAUGAUGUGGUUUACGUGAGGCUGGAUGUGAGAGGUGCUAGAGGACAAGGUAAAAAAGCUCUCUAUCGACAUAUCGGAGGAGUUGAAGUCCAAGAUCAAAUUGCUGUUUUAAGGCAUCUAUUAGAUACUCUUAAAUUCCUGGACGAAAAUCGAGUUGGAGUUUGGGGAUGGGGGUACGGAGGUUAUGUUACUGCAAUGAUUCUUGGAUCGCAGCAAACUGUUUUCAAAUGUGGUAUCUCAGUUUCACCCAUCACAGACUGGCUAUAUUAUAAUUCCGUAUUCACCGAGAGGAUAUUGGGAGUGCCAACCGAGAAUUAUAAAGCGUAUGUUGAAGCUGAUGCGACACAAAAAGGGAAACAGAUUCCAUCCAAUUCUUAUUUGUUGCUUCAUGGGUUAGCAGAUGUUUCAGCGCCGUAUCAACAUGGAAUUCAAUUAGCUAGAUCGUUAUCAGAAUCUGGAAUAAUAUACCGAUAUCAAAGUUAUGCUGAUGAAGGCCAUGAGUUAACUGGAGUGCUCGAACAUGUUUACAAAACAAUGGAAGAUUUUCUCAAAAUAUGUUUAUCGUUAGAUUCGGAUGAAGAGAAACCUAGAGAGACACAUGUACCAAACGAGUAGCAAACUGUUACUAAGCAGCCACAUAUUGAGUGUAAGUUGUUCAAUAGACAAGAAUGUUACGUUAUGUCGGAGUUUGUAAAUAUGAUUAAAUACAUAUCAAGCUGUGAGAACAUCGAAAGAAAACGAUCAAUUCUAAUAUAAAACUUUAUGAUAUAUCAUGAUAAUUAUUUGAUACUGCUAAUUUGCUUCGUUCUAUUGAGUGUUAGUUUCUAGACAGCAAAACAAUAAAAGGAAACAUUACCUCAUAUUUUUCGCUGAAUUCAAAUAAAUGACUCAUUAUUGUUUUGUAGAUUUGUAGAAAAAAAUGUUUUUAUUUUUUUAUUCAUUUUCAUAUCCUCUUCGAAUUAGAUAUCAAUACGUUGAGUGGCACAAACAUCUAAUUUGAUUUGAAAUGGCGUUCAAUGUAACAUUCGCAUAAAACAAAUGUGUACUAUCUAAACAUAGAACAGAACGAAGAAAAUAUCUUAAAUCAAAAUAAAUGAGAAUCAAAUAAUCAUGUGAAAUCGCAGUUCAUAGGUACAUGUAGGUGUGAUUGUGAAUAAUCUAAUACAAUGUAACUACGUGAAUGCAUGGUUUAUUGAGUAUUUCAAAAUUCGGCUUCCCUAAACAUGGACUGAACAUCUAUUUUUGAUGAAUGAUGAAGGUUCAUUGUGUCUCAGAAAGAGGAGAAUACUAACGAAGUAUUUGGUGAUUAUUUAUAGCAUUCGCAGAAAACAAUAAGGUUGUUAAGUAAUUAAAUCUCAUAUAUUUCAAUAAUGUGGAGUAACAUAGAGAAAGCUAUUGCGUACUUCAAUUCAGCGAAAAAAAUCGUUAUUACCAGCUGUGUUAGUUGAUUAUAUACUAACAAUAGCUUCAAUUUUGUAGGACAUUAGAUAUGUAUAGACGAGUGAUACGUUUCCAGUAAAAAUGAAUAUAAACAUUCAUUAUCCGAUACGAUGUAGUAGUAAAAAUCUUCAUAAAGCUAGAGUGAAAGCUUUUCGAUAAGCUCUUGCCUUAUAUGUACAUAUAAAAGAACGUUUUAGCAUUAGAUCAAUAGGUUAGCAUUAACGAAAUUUGUUUAUUCUUCCUCGUUCUCUAAAUGAUUGUAAUAAAUUUAUUUUUAAUGUAUAAACUAGAACAAAAAUUGAAUUUAAUAAA